UUUCUCUUUUCCUCGAUUAUUUAUUCAAUUUCAAUGGGAUUGCCAAAAGCAAUUUUAACAGAUCCCAUGGCAACGCUGCUGACUAACCACAUUUAAUGAAUGAAAAGCAGUCUUCGCUCUCAAUUUAGCCUCACUGGUGCUCACUCUCAGUAUGAGCUCAGUAUUGUGAAUGCUCUCACUCAGUUAACAGCUAAGGUGGGAGCUCUGUUGUUUGCCGAAAAAUAAACAAACAAUAAUAACAACAUACGCUAAAUAAUUAAGUAGCAACAACAAAACAAAACAUUCUUCGUGUGUGUACCAUCAAAGAGCUACCAACUGUCGCAGAACAAUGCAAGCGGAGGGAUUUGAGACGAUCGCCGAUAAUUGUGACAUUUUAAUCCAUCUGUAUAGAUAUCUCGAUUUCAUUGAUCAGUUGAGAUUGUCACGUGUCAGUGAAUAUUUGCGCAAUAUAUUCGAACAUUUGGUAUGGAAGGACAGAUAUCAAAAAAUGGAGAUAACCGAAAAUUCAUGUGGCGUUUUUGUCGUGACGGGUAGUGUGGGCACUAGUCCCUUGAUUUUUUACGAAUAUGAAGAAUUCGAGGAGUUUCUAAAUGCCUAUGCAGAGAAUAUAGUGGAAUUGUCGGUGUACGAUUUGAAAUCGAUAAAUGUAGAGUAUAUAAUUCGGGAGUUCCCCAAACUUACCAAACUCAGAUACGAGGGAUGGAUGGAGAUACCCGUUAAUCAUUACAGUUGUCUGGCCAAUAGGUGUCCCAACUUACAAGAGCUACAGCUGUGCCAUUGCAUAAUGCCAAAUGUAAAAUCGUUGACAAGACUUCAGAAGCUAAGACGGUUGUGCAUUGAUACCAAUACUCAGUUUACCUACCAACAAUUUCGACAAUUUGGUGCUCGUCUUGGACUAGAAAGUCUUAAAAUCACCGGAUAUAUAAUACCAGAAACCUUAAAACGGCGAAAGAGAACGCGUGGUCUACCUCUUAAGGAAUUGAAAAUUUCCACCGAUUUGGAUCCUCAGGCAUGGUUUCCAAAAAUAUUCCCCUAUUUCCUAAGGAAUUUCGAGAAUCUGCAAAGCUUGAUAAUACAUUUCGCCGAUGAAAGUGCUAACAAUGCUGCAUUCAAUGCCCUUGGCCAAAGUUGUGGAAAUCUGCAAUAUCUGAGAAUAAUAGAAACCGAUUUCUAUCUUUCGCCGGCCUUUACCUUGCCCCCAAAUUUGAAAGAAUUAGCUGUACAUUGCGGCCGAAAUUUGGCCUAUGAAAAUCUAAAGGAAUUUCUUGCUCAUUCGAAGCUCUUAAAGUUUACCUCAAUAGAAUCGCGCUAUAAAGGGGAAUGGGUGGACUUGGUAGUCUCUGCAAAUAUUAAAUCCCUUCAAGUGCAAUAUGUACCCACCGCAAACCUGAAUGUAGACCAUGUUGAGGAACUGACCUGGUACGAGUAUCCCAGUAAUCCAUUACAGCCACAACCCACGAGAUUGGGCAGCAAACUGGAAAUUUUAAAAAUCGACUCUGGCGUACUAUCCCUGCAGACAUUGCUGGAGUUGAAAUUUCUUCAUACACUUACCAUUCCGGAAACGAUGACCUGCCUUGAUUGGUCCUAUGUCCGUGCUUUGCUAUGCCACACACCUUUGAGGCACCUUACAAUUUCCGGUCUACCAUAUUGUUCACCGUUAUGUGAGCGUUUUGGACACGCUCCUUCUGAAGGGCUACCUAUUCAACUUGUCAGCCUGAAGAUAUCUUUUGGCCUUUUGCAGGGGGCUUUAACAUUUUGGCUAGACUUGUUCCGGCAAAACGAAUGCUUGCAGUUGAUUUGCAAUAAUUUUAAGACAUUCGACGAAUUUUUGGAAAAACUAUUGGCGAAUGAAAAUUUCCCAAUGAAUUUAAGAAACUUGGAAAUUUGGGGAAUCACACUGAAAUGUCGCGAUUUAAAACAAAAUCUGGAGGCUAGCCUUGAAAAGAUAAAGAGAAACAUGGAUUAUUUGAGAUAUGACGAUUUUGAUAGCUACAGCAUGAUUUUUGAUCGAAAUUUAAACCAAAGCUAACUGAAGUCAUUUGCUACUUAAAAUUAUUUUUGCGCUUGUGCUAGGUUACAAUUGAAAUAAGUAUUGGGUUGCCCAAAAAGUAAUUGCGGAUUUUUCAUAUAGUCGGCGUUGACAAAUUUUUUCAACGGCUUGUGACUCUGUAAUUGCAUUCUUCCAUCUGUCAGUUAUCAGCUGUUGCUUUCAGCUUGCUUUAGAAAAAAAGUGUAAAAAAGUAUAUUUGAUUAAAGUUCAUUCUUAGUUUUAUUAAAAAUGCAUUUACUUUCUUUUAAAAAAUCCGCAAUUACUUAUUGGGCAACCCAUAAUAAAAUGGGGAAAUUUACAUUUAUAUGCGUAACUUAUACAUAUAUGACGACAGUGGUGACUACCGCAUUGGCACACUGAGAUCUAGACUGGCAAUCCAUGGACCAAAAGACCAUACCUGGGUCUUUAAGAAUAAAUUUUGAUUUAGAUUACUACGCAAACUUAA